AUGUCCAGCCUGCAAGGCUACGUCGACAGACGUGUACUCCUGAUCUUGCAAGAUGGUCGCGCUAUCGCGGGGAUAAUGGCAGGCUACGACCAAAAAUCAAACGUCGUCCUUUCAGACUCGAAGGAACGGGUGUACAGUAUGGAAGAGGGCGUGGAGGAGGUACCGCUCGGUCUGUAUCUCGUGAAAGGGGACAUGAUUAUCCUUAUAGGCGAACUCGACGAAACCGUCGAUGAGGCCGUCGAUCUCUCAACGAUACGUGCAGAACCGUUACCACCCAUACGAUACUAAAAGGUCAACAUGCACCGUCACCCAUUAUCACUCGGCGUCUUUCCUAUCAGUGCUCGCCGGUGCCAGCGAAAGAUAUACCUGGGCAGAUAUUUUGGCUACCUUGCAUGUAACCAGCUCGCACGAGCUUGAAGGUUGUUCCAUACGUGUGGCAUACCCGCGUCAUGUGUUCCCAUUUUCACUGUAGUCGCGGCCGGGUCUCGGAUAAAGAAAAAAAAUGUUGUAUUAGGUACGCCAGCGAAAUCAGUACAUAAUAAUUCCAAAG